AUGUUCGGCUUUAACCCAUCGAGCGGAUUGAGCAAAUAUCGCCCGGGCGGCUCUGCUGUGGUGUUGGGCAUGCAAGUGGCCCCCAAUGGGCGAGUACUAUCAGUGGUGACACUUGGAGGGCGAGAGACACAGUUUUAUGCAGCAGGCUAUCAGCAACAACAGGCUCCCAUGUACCGUUUGAGGAAUGCAGCUUCGAUGCUGGGGACGACACUCAGGGCGGCCAACCCUCGACGAUCGGGCUCGGAGUUGGACUCUACUGAUGAGAGAUCGAUGACAUUCACUGGAUUGCAUGCUUGGUCGGGGGACUCUACCAGGGUCUUCCUACAGCUAUCAACUCCCCAUCUAGUGGCAGUCUUCCAUGUGAAGUUCGGUGAUGAGGCCGACUCUAAACGCGGUGACUAUGAUAAUGAUGAAGCUGAUACGGACUAUGAUGAUGAAGGAGGGACUAAGCGGCAUGUGAGGUGA